ACAAGCCUGUCAGGUGGGGCAAAGUCAAUGUAGAUAUACUUUCUCUUUCAUUUCGUUGAGUAAGUUUCACUCUUUAAUAUUACUCAUUUGUCCAUCGGUGAGAGUAAAAGUGUAAAUUUAAUACCAUGAACAAAUACUUUUCUGUUUUGAUUCUUCACUUCGCAUUGUGCGCAACAAUGUCGAUGGCAAUUCAGCCUCGCGCCCCCAAUUUCCAGUACUUCGAACGGCCGAAAUACAGAUAUCCAUAUUAUGAUGAAAACGGUGUUGGACGGCUUUUGUACGGAUACGGAGACGAUAAACUUUAUCAGUACAAAACCUUUACACCUUUGGAAGGCAUACACUGAUAAAAAUCCCACUUGUUAACAUAUUAUUCUUGUUAUUAUUUUUGUAUAUUAAGGGAAUUAGCUGAUAGGAAUUGAGGACUUUUGUUUUUUAACAGCAAACACCCAAAUGGAUUUUUGUAUUCACUAGUCAAUAAAAUUAUUUUUGGUA